ACAUUUGUCCUAUGUGUGCUUUUGAAUUGCAUCAUGCUGGCCAGAAAAUUGCAUUUUAAAGUGUCUGUCUUUUGGAUGUAAUGUAACACACACGGAUACAACCACAACUUCUCAACUUCAUCCUCAUCUUCCUUGUUUUCAUACCAUUUUUCCCUGUGACAAUGGCUCAGCAAAAGGUGGUGUUAAAGGUUCUUACUAUGACAGAUGACAAAACAAAAAAGAAAGCAAUUGAAGCAGUUGCUGAUAUCUAUGGAGUUGAUUCAAUCGCUACAGAUGUGAACGAACAGAAGUUAACAGUUAUUGGCGAAAUGGAUACAGUGGCAGUAGUGAAGAAGCUGAAGAAAGUAGGGAAGGUAGAUAUAAUAUCAGUUGGACCUGCGAAAGAAGAGAAGAAAGAAGAAAAUAAAGAUGAAAAGAAGGAAGAGAAAAAAGAGGAGAAACAGGAGGAGAAAAAAUAAAGACAAUACACAUCAAAGCUGAGAAGUUAUCUUCAUCAUAACAUGAAAUUCAUUUCAUUGAUGAGAAACUAUGCUGAGCUCAAACAAAAAUUCAUUAAGGUGUAAAUGACUUCUAUACCGAUGAUAUCUAUGACUUUGGUUCAUGAUUGUAAAAUGUCACAAAAAUGGGUAAAAGGCAAAAAGAUUUGGCAUCCCUACUAAGAUUCAUUUUCUAUAAACUAAUGGAACCAAAGUACAUAAAGGGUUUUCAAAUAA